CCGAAGUGCGGACGCUGCUCAACUUGCAAAACGCAUUCUUACAACUGUAACUGCGCUCCAAUCGUUUUAUGGCUCUAUGAUGUAAACAGCUUCUAUGACUUGGCAGAGACAUGGAUGCCUUUGAGGGGAUUCACAGUGUCCAGAUUUCCUCGUCACCUCCGUCUCCAGUUUCCUCGGGUCCCAGUUAUGAAGUCUUGAGAGCUGGAAGAUCAGGAAUUGCUGUUUAUUCUUCUGCAGUCUUCUUUGGGACACAUGGAUCCACAAAACAUACGUCAGCCAGGAGGCAGGAGGAAGUCUGUGCUGUUGGAGAACUGGUCAAUCUGGAUCCCCCAUCUGAGCACCACCUGGAGAGAAGAGGCAGGGGCCAUGGGGACUCAGAUCUGUCCCGUCUCCGAAGUGCCUCGUUGGACAUCAGAGAGAAAGAAAUUCGAGAAAAGGGCUCCGAGAUCCUCAGGGAGCAGCUGGAUGCGGCGAAGAGGGAACUGAAACUCAAAGAUGAGGAGUGUGAGCGUUUGUCUCAGGUCAGGGAUCAGCUGGAGCAGGAGCUGGAGGAGCUGACAGCCAGUCUGUUUGAGGAAGCACAUAAAAUGGUCCGAGAUGCCAAUGUGAAACAAGCAGCUGCAGAGAAGCAGUUAAAGGAGGCACAGGGGAAGAUUGAUGUCCUCCAGGCAGAAGUCACAGCUCUAAAAGCUCUGGUGUUGACUUCGACCCCAGCUUCACCCAAUCGUCAGCUCCACCCACAGUUGCAGUCGUCUGGUACCAGAGGAGCGAAUAAACACAUCGGUCACAGUAGAAACAAAAGUGCGAGUGGUGUCCUUCCACAAACAAAUGGAAAAACAGACCCACUAGCCGUUUCUAUUCAGCCCACCAGUAAAGAGGACAGAGAGAUGGACUCAGUUUUAUUUGCUGAAUUUUUGAUGUGGAAAGAGCAUCCAAGUUUGGAGCGGUCUUCUGCAUUUUUGAGUCGGAUUUACAAAGAAGACAUUAGCCCCUGUCUCUCCUUCACAAGAUCUGAGUUGUCUCAGAUGGUGCAAAGUGCAGUGGAAAACAAUUCUCUAACUAUUGAGCCAGUUGCCAUGUCAGCAUUACCGAUGGUUAAGGCUUCUGCGCUGGAGUGCGGAGGCCCUAAUGGCUUUAGGGCAGCAAUAGAGACGAAAUGCGCAUUAAGUGGCAUGCCCCGAAUGUGCAGACACCGCAUCAAACUUGGUGACAAAGAAAACUACUAUUAUAUCUCUCCUUCAAGUCGAGCAAGGAUUACAGCCGUUUGUAACUUUUUCACUUACAUCCGCUACAUCCAGCAGGGCCUGGUUAGACAUAAUGCGGAGCAAAUGUUUUGGGAGGUGAUGCGACUUAGAAAAGAGAUGACUGUGGCAAAAUUGGGUUUCUUUGUGACAGACCAGGGGUAAAGUACCUUUGUCAUAAGGCCUGUACGUGAGGACAUCCUGAGCCAAACAACUGUGGUAACGAGCCCUGGAUCUGUAGCCAAGUGCUGUAGCAAAAAACAUCAAGGGAAAUAUAUGCCAUCAGUGGAUAUACUAGUACUUAGAAGAAACAUGGUAAAAAUCUGACAGGUGACAUUUUGUGUUGAAAGAAGUCAUGGAUUUGAGAUCAUUUUGACUUUGACCUGCGAACCACACAGGACGUUUUACUUUAGAUAUUGUUUGACUGCCUUCUUUCCAGGCUCUUUGUAUAAAAACAAAUGAAGCACCAGCUGCCACAUUUUUUUUUUUUUUUUUUACUUUGGUCUGAAACUAUUUGUCACAUAAUGUUUUCAAAAGAUGAUUGUGUAUUAAUACAAGUUAAAAAUGUAAUAUUGUCACUCAUCCAACUGAAAUGUAGUAAGCGAUAAUUAACUUAUUAUAAUGAAAAGCCAUGACAAUCCAAGAAUGCAAUAUAGGCCUAUAGCCAUACAUGAAAGUUUAUUAUUUGUACCUCACAGUAUAAAUGUAUCAUAUUAAUGUCAAUAUAAAAUGGUAAAUAUGAAGUAUUUUAUGUCAAGUGCAAUAGACAUUUCUUAGCCUGGAUUAGAUCUGGAGCUCUCUAGCCUCAGUGUACUAGUUAGAUGUUGUAUUAUUGUAGAUUAAACACUCCAUUAAAACAAGCUGUGCUGCCA